GGGAACAAGUAAGAUCAGUUGGCACAGCUAGCACGCCCUUUCCAUCCAAGAUUACUGGGCCUAUUUUUAGUACAUCCCUAAACAUACGAAUCGACUGCUGUGCAACAACCAGUGUCUCUGCUGCGUUAUCGAAUCAAAUUUUAUCCAGGUAUACUGUGCAAUGGCUGCCAAUAAUUUCUAUCAAAUAGCUGCCAAUACGACGCCCAUUUGGCAGCAUCAGAAUUAUCCUCAACAACCAAUGGCACCGCAAAAAGCCGAACGGUAUGUUCCCACCGUGCUUCCGGCUGCGCUGUUUGAUGCGAGAGCCGACGCCGAUGCUCUCCAUAAGGCCAUGAAAGGUAUGGGCACCGAUGAAAAGGCCCUGAUCAACAUUCUGUGCCAUCGCAGCAACGACCAGCGCGUUUCAAUCACGCAGGCCUACAAGUCCGGCUAUGGAAAGGAUUUGGAGUCGAAAUUGAGAAGUGAAUUGAGUCGCAAUUUCGAACGGGUUAUGGUCGCCCUCUGCCUAUCGACGGCCAAUUUCUUGGCCCGUGAAAUGCGCGAAGCCAUGGCCGGAUUGGGGACCAACGAAAACACGUUGAUUGAAAUCCUUUGCAGUCGCACUAAUCAGGAGAUGCGAGAAAUCAACAAGUCCUACCUGCUCACUUACGGCCGUCCCAUGGAAAAGGACAUUGUGGGAGACACUUCCGGCACCUUCAAAAUGAUUUGCGUUUCACUGGCCCAGGGUAACCGGGAUGAGAACGAAAUGGAAAUUGAUGAAGAUAAAGCCAAAUCAGAUAUCCUACGUUUAUACGACGCAGGAGAAGGUCGACUGGGUACGGAUGAAAGUACUUUUAAUUCCAUCAUUUGCACUCGCAGUUGGGCUCAUUUGCGCCAUGUCAUGACCCUGUAUUUGGCGAAUUAUGGCCACAGUUUGGAAAAGGCCAUUGCGAGUGAAUUCUCAGGCAAUGCCGAAAAGGUUUUACUAGGAAUACUACAAUGUGCCCAAAACCGACAAGGAUACAUCGCUCAGCGACUCUACGAUUCCAUGAAAGGACUGGGCACCAACGAUCGCAGCCUUAUCCGCAAUAUCGUGAGCCAUUGCGACGUUGACAUGGGAAAUAUUAAGCAAGAAUACCAGAACAAAUUCUGCCGGAGUCUUCAAGCGGAUGUGGCGGAUGAUACGUCAGGUGAUUAUAAAAACGCUCUUCUGGCUCUCAUCGGCUGCAAACAUUAAUAGCAAUGACAAUUUUUUUAAAGUGUUAUCUUUUUCCUUAAUUUUUCAGUUCACAUUAUUCAAUCCAAAAUAUAGAAAUCUGUCGGU